GCUAUAAGAGGCCUCCCCGGGCGGCCCCGGCAGCUCCGCCGCCGCCCGCCGCCGCCGAGACCGGCCCCGGCACCCGCGCCGCAGGUGAUGGUGUAGCGGCGGCUGCUCCCGGCAGCAGCACCCCGAGCACGCAAAGCUGGCUCCCUGCGCCAUGGUCACCCACAGCAAGUUCCCCGCCGCCGGGAUGAGCCACCCCCUCGACACCAGCCUGCGCCUCAAGACAUUCAGCUCCAAGAGCGAGUAUCAGCUGGUGGUGAACACCGUGCGCAAGCUGCAGGAGAGCGGCUUCUACUGGAGCACGGUGACAGGCGGCGAGGCCAACCUGCUGCUGAGUGCCGAGCCGGCCGGCACCUUCCUCAUCAGGGACAGCUCGGACCAGCGGCACUUCUUCACCCUCAGCGUCAAGACGGAGUCGGGCACCAAGAACCUGCGCAUCCAGUGCGAGGGCGGCAGCUUCUCCCUGCAGAGCGACCCUCGCAGCAGCCAGCCCGUGCCCCGCUUUGACUGCGUGCUCAAGCUGGUGCAUCACUACAUGCCGCCCGCGCCCUGCGCUGUCCCUGAGCAGCCGGGGGGGGCUCUGCACCCCAAACGCACCUACUACAUCUACUCGGGCGGCGAGAAGAUCCCCUUGGUGCUGAGCCGCCCACUCUCCUCCAGCGUCUCCACCCUGCAGCACCUCUGCCGCAAGACCGUCAACGGGCACCUGGACUCCUACGAGAACAUGACUCAGCUGCCGGCUCCCAUCAAGGAGUUCCUGGACCAGUACGAUGCCCCCCUCUAAGGGGCCGGUGAUGCGAGGUUGCACGCUACAAGCACAAGAGGACAGGCACAACGCCCCACCGGCGCAGGGACUUGCAGGACACGCCGAGCCUCUCCCUCCGGGAAGGAGAGGAUGGGGACUGGAGUGAGCUGCUGUGGGCCCGGGCCUGUGGCCAGCGCCGCCGGGUGCCCUUGGUGCUGGGGGACCCCCCCCCCCGAGGAAGCGCAACACUCCCCAUCCGUGGGGAAGGAGACUGCUCUGGUCAGACUGUGGAUGUUACAGUGCAGGGGCCUUCCUGUCACAGCCCGGGAGAGCCCGUUGGCAAAGCCUCCAGGGGCUCGGGCAAGCCAGGACGGCGCCCGUUGCUGGUGCCCAGCAGCUGCAUCCCCGCUGCUGCAGCGGGACCGCCCCUGGGGUGUCCUGGAGAGAGCCCUGUCUGCCACCAGAGAACGGAAUGCACUGGAUCCAGCUAGUGCCUGAUCGCUUUUCCUCGGUUUUAAGGGGAAAGUGUUUUUUGCCCAUACUGUACUUUACCUCUUGCUGCCUCCUUGCAGCUGGAAGCUCCUUUCAGGCCCCAGACUUGGAGGUUGCUGCCUUUUUCUCCCCUCGUUGCCAUUUUCCAGGGACUAAGCCUUAAUAUUCUCACCCUGCCCUGUGGUCUGGGUUACUGCACAUCGUUUGGUGACGCCACGUGAUAACGGUCCCGGUGACACGCCGUGAAGGGAGGGGAAGCCGUGUCCCGACACCGCUGAGAGUCCCGCCGGAGACCCGGUGCCGCUGCUGGACUGUUACCCCGAGUGUCAACCCCCCUCUGCCAGGCCCUGCAGACCCUCUCCACGCUGCUGCCCCGGGAGCAGGGCGGGAGGAUCCCCCGGAGCAUCGUCUCGCUUUUCUGCGUCCGCCCAGAGAAGCUGUUGGGUUUUCCUGGCUUUUUCUUUUCUUCACUUUGAGUUUUUUACACCGAAGGGAUGUUUACAGGCCAACGUGAAUCACUGUCUUUUAUAAAGAUUCCAUCUUCACCUCCAGCCUCGAGGGCUGAGCAAAACCAUGCUUGAAAAUUCAACCAAACCAAAACUCGGACGAAACUUUGCACAUAUUUAUAUUUAUAUUCAGAAAGGAAAUGUUUCCAUAAUUUAUAAUAAAGAGCACUAUUUUUUAACUAA